AUGGCUGAAGUGGAAGGAGAGAAAUGCUGUCUUUGUUUUACAGAAGUUUACAGCCGUAGUAUAAAAUCAAAGAGGAUCAGACUAGAUAGAGAUGCUGCUAAGAAGUCAAGGGAUGUAUUAGACUCUCUAUCAUUGCGUUAUUUUGGGCUAUCUUUCUCAAAGGCAACUACCAGUAAGGCCUUAUUCUGUCACAAAUGUAGAGCUAAAGCAGAGGGAUUAGCAGCUCUUGCUGAGAAAAUCCAGUGUGUUGAGAAGGAUCUUGCAUCAGCUAUUGGUGUUGUGCUGGAGAAAGCUCAGCCAGGUCCUAGUAAGCGGAGUUUGCCUGGAUCGAGUGUGUCAGUUGGCACUCCAUCAAGGAAGAGACAGAAGAAUAAUGAGGAAAUUUCAUCAAGUGGUUUAGAAGAGACAAAUGGAGUUGCCAUUCAGCCUCAGGAGAAAGCUGAUACCAAUGUUGUUUCUGUCAAGAUUACUUUGCCUUCUGGUAAACAGAAUUAUAAUAUCACGACUCCCUCGAGACGAAAGAGCAUUGAAAGUUUGGCAAGGAAGCAUUUUAGGAGUUUUUCUUCAUCAGUCACAUCUUGUAGCACAAUUUCUCGAUUCAUACUUCGUGAUAUUUGUAACACCAUUAAAAAGGAAAUGAAAUCCAUUUCUUCAGAUACUAAUGAUUCCUUACUCCGUGACUCAAAUGAUGUGACUUUGAUCACUGUGAGCACUUGA